AUGAAGUUUGCACUGGUACCUAUAGCCAGCUCUUCCAAUCUGAGCAGCUCAUCACAGGUGAGGAAAAUGCUGCCAAUACCUAUGCCAAUGGAUGCUACACUAUUGGCAAGGAAAUCAUCAAACUCAUCUUGGACUGAAUUCAGAAACUUAACAGUGCACAGGUCUUCCGGGCUUACUGGCUUUCCACACCUUGGGUUCAUCUCCCUGCUGAUGGAACAUUUCUCUGUCAAUUAUGGCAAGAAAUCCAAGCUAGAGUUCUCCAUCUACCCAGCUCCACAGGUUUUCACAGCUAUAGUUGAGCCCUACAACUCCAUCCUCACCACCCACACUACCUGGGGCUCUGAUUGUGCCUUAAUGGUUGACAAUGAGGCCAUCUAUGGCAUCCGUCAUAGAAACCUUGAGAUUGAGCAUCCUAUCUAUACUAACCUGAAUAGGUUCAUCAGCUAA